CGUCAGGUAGAGGCGAGCCACUGUUUCAAGCAAGAUGCCCUGUGCACAAGAGGUUGCAGAAGAUGCAGAGGCUCUGAUUCUGAAGCACUUCACCACCUGGGAUGCAGAUGCGAGUGGAACGAUUGACAAGUCUGAGCUUGCGACGAUCAUGUACAAGAUUUCAUCCUCAAUGUCCGAGCGAGAAAUUGACAAACUCUUGGCGGUGAUUGACAAGAAUCAAGAUGGCCUCAUCGACUUCAAGGAAUUUGUAGGCUGGCUGACCGAUCGUGAAGCAGAUCGAACAGUGGGAAACGACGGAUGGAUUGAGAAGUUUGAUAUCCACGCCUUGAUGAGGCCCAUGUUCAACGUCUUUGAUAGAAACAAAGAUGGUUUGAUAAGAAGAUCUGAACUGAAGGAGUGCUCACAGAUCCUCGGGAACUCCCUGAGCAUUCAUCCAGCAUCUACCAGUGAUUGUUUGGUUCUUGAUUGGAAAGAGCUACCAAACAAGGAAGAGGUGAAUUUUCAGGACUUUGUCGAUUGGCAAGUGAAGCACCUCCAGAAGUCAGGAAUUCCGAACAACCAACUGCCUACGUUGAUGGAAGAGCUGUGCGAGUCCAUGCAGAUCAUCUUUGACAUCGAUCAGUUGAACCAGAAGGGGGUUGAGAAUUCCAAGGUCCACGAGGCUCUUGCCGAUUCAGUGAGAAAAGUUGCAGAUGCAACUCGACGAAUUUACACCAAGAAACUCUCGAGCCUUCAACAUGUGGAAGAGGAGGUCGCUGUUGUUCACGAGCCUGUUUGGGUCAACCCUCCAACCCUGAAUGACAUGCACUUGCUGGCCAGAGUUUGCGCUAUGAGAUGUGGAAUUAGGCUUUUAAACUUCCAAGAGGAAGGAGCCAUAGAACCCGCAGUGGACAGAAGCCACAAGAGACCCUCAUUCAGUGGCUCCCAUCGGCCUGGGCAGAGUGGUAGGCGGCCCAGCCGGGGGCCGUCUCUGGGUAUGGCGAACCGAAGGCUCAGCGUUCGGAGUGAGCUUCGUCUUGCGAUCGGCCAAAUAAAUUUGUGUAUUCCAGAUCUUGGCUCUCGUAUGACGGCUCGGAAUAGGCCCUGGCUUGCGAAGGUCACGCGCCAGCGUAUGGAUACCGAGAAGAAUUGUAUGAUCGAAGAUGUCCUGAUUUACACCCUUGACAGGGAGACGACAAAGUGGUAUGUUCACGAAGAUGAGGACAAGAACUAUUUCGAGAAGAUGUGGAAAUCAUUACCCCCUGCCUUGCAGCUCUUUGCCAUUCUGGAAGCACAGGCCCUCUUCGGUGAACUUAGUUGGUUUGGGGCCAAGGGAGCCAUGGAAGCUGCAGAGCGUGAGGGGCUGCUUAGUGAAGAGGCAGCUGAGAAGUACAUUGAACACAUGGAGGCGAAAGCAGAGGAUCACAUCCGUGACAUUCGCACCGACGCAGAGAUAAAACAGAUGGACAUUGAAGAAGCUGCAAUGGAAUACUUGGAGGAACAUGUCAAGGUAUCUGCGGUGGAGAUUCUUGCAGUUCUUUGUGACCUGCGGUUGGUUGAAGUACCUGACGAUGUGUGGAAACAAAUCUUAGAUGCAGACCGAUCAUCUGGCUAUUGAUGCCAUCCCGGGCGGGACAACGAUCCAAAGGUUGCCUGCAGAAAGGCACAAUGAACACUCUCGGCCAAGCUGAACCAUGGCUUGGAAAAUCGCCAAGCGAUUAGUUGCAGCAAAGCGUGUUUGUAAGCUGUAUGCACAAAAUUAAACCCUGAUCGGCUCGAUUGCGCCGAAGGCAGCAUCUGAAGACCUACACAUCAGGGAGAAGCCACUGUAGGGCGUAAAAAUAUGUCAAAA